UUGAAAAAAAGACCUCUCAUACCUCCAGAUUGCUUCUCAUUUUUUCUUACUCUGACUUGACCAACCUCAACGUGCAACCAUGUGGGAGUUUCGGUCCAUGUCGUUCUGGCGAGCGGUGUUCGCCGAGUUCUACGGCACCAUGUUCUUUGUGUUCUUCGGGCUGGGCGCGGCGCUGCGCUGGACCACGGGCCCCAACUAUGUUCUCCACAACGCCUUCUGUUUCGGCAUGGCGGCCGCCACGCUCAUCCAGUCCAUCGGCCACGUGAGCGGCGGACACAUCAACCCUGCUGUCACCUUCGCCUACCUGAUCGGCUCGCAGAUGUCCAUGUUCCGCGCCUUCUUCUACAUGUGCGCCCAGUGCCUUGGGGCCGUGGCCGGAGCCGCAGUCCUCUACGGGGUCACCCCCACCAACAUGAGGGGCAACAUGGCCAUGAACAUGGUGCAGCCUGGUAUGGGCCUGGGCAUGGCCUGCACCAUGGAGGUCUUCCUGACCAUGCAGCUGGUCAUCUGUGUCUUCGCCGUGACGGACGAGAGGAGGAACGGACGCAUGGGCUCUGCUGCCAUGGCGAUUGGCUUCUCUGUGCUCAUGGGACACCUGCUGGGCAUGUACUACACUGGGUGUGGAAUGAACCCUGCUAGAUCUUUUGCCCCUGCAGUAAUGUCCUGGAACUUCCUCAACCACUGGGUGUACUGGGUGGGUCCCUUCAUCGGCGGUGCCAUGGGUGCCCUGAUGUACGACUUCAUGCUGUUCCCCCGUAUGCGUGGACUGGCUGAGAGGCUGGCUGUCCUCAAGGGAGACAGACCCCCAGAGGCCGAGAGCCAGCAGGAGACCCGCGGGGAGCCCGUAGCACUGGCCUUAUAAACACACACACAUUCACAAACACACACGCACGCACG